UGGUUCGCAAUAAGACAUGUCUCGUCAAAGAAGGCGAACCUUUGCUUUUAUUUUCAAACAGUGAUGGCAUCCGAGGACUUAUGAUUAAUACCAACCAAUACUUUCCUGUUUAUAACUCUUUGACACAAACAGUUGGAAUCGAUUACUUCGGCACCGAAGACCGGGUAUAUUGGGUUGAUUUGGAUAAGACUCACUCCGGAGUAUAUUCUGUCAGACUUUCGGGAAAAGAUUUUAAGGCCGUUCACACGACUGGUCUGAAAAGUCCUGAAGAUCUGGCCAUCGAUUGGAUGGGAGGAAAUAUAUAUAUAACGGACGCCGAACUUAACAAAAUAGUUGUCUGUAAUAUCGACGGAGAAUUCUGUAAUUCUGGACUCUUUGAAGAGUUGGAUCUUCCGCGAGGUAUUGUUGUCGAGCCCUCAGAGGGGCGCCUAUUCUGGAGUGAAUGGGGAAAAAGGCCGGGAAUAUACACCGCGGGAAUGGAUGGCUCUAAUAAACGGCAUCUGAUUAGCGAUGAAAUUGUUUGGCCGAAUGGACUGGCAUUGGAUGUCGUGUCGAAUAGGCUCUACUGGUCUGAAGCUAAAUACGGAAGAAUCGAGUUCUUAGACUUGGAAACAAAUCACAGACGGGUUGUACUUCAGGACAAGAUUUUUCAUCCAUUUUCUUUGGCUGUAUUUGAAGACUCCCUGUAUUGGAGCGAUUGGAUCACCUAUUCGUUGGAUAUGAGCAACAAAUUCACGGGACAUAAUCAGACAACACUCGUCCGUGAAAUGAAUGAACACAUAAUGGGUGUCCAUGUCUUUCAUCCAUUGGCCCAAAAGCUAUCAUACAAUCCCUGUUUGUCGCAUAAGUGUUCCCAUAUGUGUGUAUUGGCUCCAAACAAGGGCUAUACCUGUGUCUGUCCCGACCAACUCAUACUCAGUAAAGACCGUAAGACCUGUCAACAAAUGCCCGCAACGAUUGCCACGACAACUACCGAAAUGGUCACGUCUUCGCCUAUUGUUCAUAAAGAUGUCAUACAAGUGGUCACACGACAGCCCAAGAGCCGUAUCUUUAAUACUGAAUCCAAUACUAAAAGUAGUAAUAAGAAGAGUUUGAAAGUUAAAUCUGUCACUAAAGAUGUCACUCCAGAAGUGACACGACAUCCAGAUAUUAAAGCGUCUAAUAGUGAGGCCGAGACUGAUCCCAGUGUGAGUAAUAUGGGUUGGAUUACAUUAUUGGUUGCCGUCAUGAUUGUUGCCAUUAUUGUACUCUUGAUUACUGUUAUUAUCAAACGAGACGAUUACAGGGAAGUCCGAAAUGUGCUCUACAGUCGAACGGAUCAAUUGAAAUAUGCGGUGAGUUUACAGAACCCGUUGUUUAGGAAAGCCUUCCGACGACAGGCCGACGAAGAGGAACCCCUAACUGAAGACAACAAGAGUUUGCACGAAGGAGACAAGUAUUAAGCCAUCAAAAUGUGUAUAUAUUUGUUGCUUAUAAUUUAAAAAAUGUUUUUAAUGUU